AUGGCGGAGCAAGAGGAGGACUUCAGCUCCUUACCAUUACCUGAUCGUUUCACGCACAAGAAUUGGAAAGUGCGAAAGGAAGGCUACGAAGAUGCUGCAAAAACAUUCGCGGGAACCCCGGACGAAUCACAUCCGGCUUUCAAACCUUUCAUACUCGACUCUGGAUUAUGGCGAGGGGCUAUUCUGGACUCAAAUGUAGCGGCGCAACAAGAGGGAGUCAAUGCUUUGUGCGCCUUCCUCAAGUUUGGAGGUGCACAAGCAGCUUCGAGGUCUCGAAGUGCAACAAUUACUCCUAUUGUCGAGAAGGGCCUGUCUUCGACCAAAGCGGCAACGAAACAGAGCUCUGUCGAGGCACUAUUACUCUAUGUUGAGGUCGAAGGCAAAGCAGAUGCACUACUGGAAGAUCUUCUCCAAGGUCUGUCGAACAAGCAGCCAAAAAUCGUUGCGGCAACACUCGCAGCAUUGACAGCCUUGUAUCAUGCCUAUGGUGUGAAAAUAAUAGAACCGAAGCCACCACUGAAGGCUCUACCAAAAGCGUUUGGCCAUGCAGACAAGAAUGUACGUGCGGAAGCGUCAAAUCUCGCCGUCGAACUUUAUCGGUGGCUUCGAGAAGCUAUGAAGACAACGUUCUGGAAUGAUCUCAAGCCCGUACAACAGCAAGACCUGGAAAAGUUGUUCGAGGGAGUGAAGUCGGAGCCAGCACCGAAGCAGGAUCGAUUACUUAGAUCACAACAGGACGCAAAAAAAGCUGCUCCUGCUGGCGACGAGGACGCCGAAGUUGAUGAGGCGAAGGCCGAGGAAGUUCCGGAGGUCGAGGCAUUUGACCUAGCUGAGCCCGUUGAUGUGAUCAAGAAGAUGCCAAGCGACUUCCACGAAAAGUUAGCGUCAGCGAAAUGGAAGGACCGCAAGGAAACUCUUGACGAAUUCUACGAAGUGGCUAAUACCGAGCGAAUACAGGACGGUCACUACGAUGAAGUAAUACAAGGGCUCGCCAAAUCAAUGAAAGAUGCGAACGUCGCUGUGGUCACGGUCGCCGCUAAUUGCAUUACUGUCCUCGCAAAAGGCCUACGAAAAAGUUUUGCGAAAUACAGAAGUCGGAUAUUGGCCCCAAUCAUGGAACGGCUAAAGGAAAAGAAACAGUCAGUAGCAGAAGCGUUAGGUCAGGCUCUGGAUGCGGUCUUCUUGUCGACUGGUCUUUCAGAAUGUCUAGAGGACAUCCUCGAAUUCUUGAAGCACAAGAAUCCUCAGGUCAAGUCAGAAACGCUCGGAUUCUUGAUUCGGUGUCUCAAGAUAACUAGGGAAGCGCCAUCGAAACCGGAGGUGAAGUCAAUAGCAGAUGCAGCCACAAAGCUGUUGACUGAAUCAAAUGAAGCUACUAGAGCUGGUGGCGCUGAGACUCUCGGCACGUUGAUGAAGAUCAUGGGCGAGAGGCAAAUGCAGCAGUACCUAGAAGGUCUCGAUGACAUUCGAAAAACAAAGAUAAAGGAGUACUGUGACGCCGCAGUAGUGAAAGCAAAGGACAAGCCAAAACCUGUCGCACCGCCGCCAAAAGCCGCUCCGCCUCCGCAGAAGAGAAUGGUCAAGAAGGCCGCUCCGGGUCUGAAACCUCCUGUCAAGCGGCCCUCCACACCACAAGCGGAAAAGCCAGCAGCGCCAUCACCACAACCUAAGCCAGCAGCAGGUAAAGCCAUACCAUCUAAGUUAGGUAGCAUGCCAAAGUCUAGCCUUACUGCACCCUCCGCCGGCGUGAAAAAGAAGCUCGCGGGCGCCGGUCCUGCUCCAACCCUCCAAUCACCUCGAAGAAACAUCAGCUCCCCCAGCCCCUACGAAGAAACACCAGCUCCCAAGUUAGGCCGCGGCCUCGCUGGCCGUCCAUUAGGAAAACCCUCAACCGCACAGAUCGAACCGCCUCCUUCAUCCGCCCCUCCAGGCAUGACCCCUGCCGAACGCGCUGAAUUUGAAGACCUACGCGCAGAAAAGGAGCACUUGCAGCGAGUCACCGAAGAUCUACGGGCAGAGAAAGCAAAAUUUAUGUCCCAAAUCCAUGAAUUAGAACAUAAAAAUGCGCAACUGAACGAUGAUCGUAAGCGAGACGGUCUCAGUAUCAAAGCCAAAGAAACCCAGCUCGUCCGUGCACGUUCUGAAGCAGAAACCGCAGAGAGCAUGGUGCAUAGACAAGGCAGAGAAAUGGAGAGAUUGAAGCGGGAGCUCAACAGAACCGUUCGCGAUCACAGUCCUCCCUCAGACGACCAGAUCUACCAAGACAGGAAUCCAGACCCUGCACCGCAUCACCCGAGCACGGAACGCUAUGAUAGCAGUCGCUCGGAAAGCAGAGAGGUGGGCUACCAGCGAGCGAGGGGCUAUAUGGAUAGCCCAAGUGAGGAAAAAGAGAAUGGAGGUUUGAACGGGGGUGUUGGAAAGCGGGAAGCGGAAAUGCCGCUGAUGACGAGAGAACUCAGUGGUGGGACUUUGGCUGAAGGUAGAGAGGAAACAGGGCCGGAUGGGCAGACAGUGGACAGUUGGAAGAGGGCUGGGGAGGUUACAAGUAGGUUGAAGGCUAGGAUCGAGAUGAUGAAGGCCAAGCAAGGACUUACGAGACCGGGUGCUUGA